AUGCGGAUGACGCAGCUCUCUAUGUUGUUAUCGCUCCCUGCGGCCAUCCUCGCCUUCGUUGUCUUCCCCGAAGCCGAAGUCUUCCGCAGCCAACUCGCAGAUGUUCCGAGCCUGUCGCCAAAGGGCCGCGUCAUACCGCAGCUCGUCAGGGAAGAGGACAACAGCUUAGAGGCCCCGACGUCCAGCGACACAGUCGAGGAGAUCAUCGCGGACGAAUGGGUCAAAAUCACAAAACUAUCACCAAAGUCCGCUUUUCGAGCGACGUCUAUCGACGACGACACUGACGAUCAACCCCUUCCUGUGGUCAUCUGGCAUGGACUCGGCGAUUCAGCCAACGCGGAGGGUUUGAAAGAAGUGGCUGCGUUGGUGGAUGAAGUCAACCCAGGCACAUAUACCUAUAUGAUCACGGUAGGCGCCAAUGCUGGCUCAGCGGAUCGCCAGGCCUCCUUCUUCGGCAACGUUACGCAACAGAUUGAUUCUGUCUGCCACGCGCUUGCAAAGGACAACAUUCUGCGAACAGCUCCUGCCAUUGAUGCCCUCGGUUUCAGUCAGGGUGGCUUGUUCUUGCGUGGUUAUGUGGAGAGGUGUAACGCCCCCAAGGUCCGAUCUCUCAUCACUUUCGGAUCGCCACACAACGGGAUCGCGGAGUUCCAGAAGUGCUCGUCACCGACAGACUGGAUAUGCCAGGGCGCCAAUGCACUCUUGAAGAGCAGCACCGUGUGGUCCGACUUCAUCCAAUCUCGCCUCGUCCCUGCACAAUACUACCGUGAUACAAAGGACUUCGACAACUAUCUGGAACAUUCGAACUACCUGGCGGACAUCAACAACGAACGUCCCCUUAAGAACGUCAGCUACGCAGACAAUCUAUUUCAACUGGAACGCUUUGUCAUGAUACUUUUCAACAACGAUACAACCCUGAUCCCCAAGGAAAGCGCCUGGUUUGCCGAGUUCAAUGAGACGGAAAAUUCAGUCACGCCACUUCGACUCCGGCCCAUCUACCGCGAGGAUUGGAUCGGCUUGAAACGACUGGAUAAGAAAGGUGGGUUGAAGACGGUCAAGCUCCCCGGCGAGCAUAUGCGGUUCAGUGAUAAGGAUUUAAAGAAACUGUUCAAGUCUUAUUUUGGGCCGGAGGGGAGACAAUUUGAUGAUUCGAUGGUGUUUGAGAGUGCUAAAAUGGAGGAGGAGGAGACGUUGAGACCUUGGGGAUCUGCCGGCUAUCGAGAUGAGGAGUUGUAA